UUUUAGUGCAGUGGUUGUCCGCUUAUUGAGUACCUACUGUGUGUCUGAAGCCUUGCAAACAUUUUAGGGUUUCAUUUACAACCCAACCACCCUGUUUGGAGGUGCUGUUUUCCCCGGUGUUUUUAUGCUUGGCCUGUUCACUGAUGGUUGGGGUAGGUCGGCCUGACUCCAGACCCCACGCUUUAAUCAAGCUAAACUGGCUUCUUUGAUGCGUGCAGAGAGAUCAGCUUCACAGUAGAUAAUCACUUUUUCCAUGUGGGUAUCACCUGACCAUCUGGGACACCUUUCCCAUAUGCUGUCUCUGUGUCUGAUGACUGUGGGAAGUGCUAAAGGACAAUGGGGGGAUUCACCAAGCUGAGGUCAAGUGAGCGUCCCUACUCUCCGUGGAGCCACCAUGGGACAGAGCUUAACUCAUAUCUUGGGGGAACUUGCCAGUGUGUCACCAAGAGUCUGGGUGGCAUAAAGCCUGUGCCCAAGUGUACGUGACAAGAGACUGGAGCUGUCCCUGAUGACAGAGUGAGGAGGAAGGCUGCAUAUCCCUCCGUGGCGGGACAAAGGUUCCUGUCUCUUCUGGGCGGGUUACACACCUUCGAGGAUUGCAGGGUUGGUGUGUGGCUGCAUGCCCAGUUGGGUGAGCAGUGUAGGAUAGGUUGUGGAGAGAUCAAAGAAAAGACCCGGAGAUGGCGAACCAGACAUAGAGGUUUAUUGGGAGUUACUUACAGGGAGGUCUGGUGGUGGCCGACCAGACAGGAACGUGCACCCGCCACCGCGGGCGGGGAGGGGGUUGCUUAUAUAGGCAGGGGACACAAAGGCUAUAUGCUUGCCAAGGGGUUGUCCCUGGUAUGAUCAGCGUUCCCAGGAAUGUAGCUCACGUGGAGGGGCUCUGUGCCUCUUUAAGACGGGGUGUUCUUUAAGUGAGAUAAGGUAAGAUUAAGUGAGAUAAGGUAAGAUCCGGGGCUGCACAGGCGCUGGAUUGUUACAGAUCCCAGCAGCUGGGCGUCCUGCCCAGAAGGAGCCAGAAGGACACAUGGUUGCAAUGGGCUUGUGGGCUCUUGCUGAGCAAGCAAGGCCCAGGCCCUACAGUUGUCUUGACAGAACCUCUCCUACGGGGGCUGUUUAGUGGGAAAAGGGACCUCACCAGAGAGAGGCUGGAAGUAGGGCCCCUGAAGUGGGACUUGGGGACCAUCUUGAGGGGUCAAAAUGGUGCAUGGUGGAGAUUCUCAGUAGAGGUCUCUGAAAAACUGACAAAAGCAUCUUUAUUAGUCAGGGUUCUCCAGAGAAAUAGAACCAACAGGGUAUGUACAUAAUGUGAGCACAUGGCCAGAAUUGCUCCCAGGGUCUUGGAAGGAGCUGGUACAAGCAAGAGUCCCUUAACUCAGGCUUCUUUCGCUUCGUGGUAGACCUGCCUUUGCCUCUAUCAUCAGUGGCUACAUAGGAUUCUAGUAUGUGGAGGUAUAAAACUUUGUGUACUCGAUUUCCUGUUGAUUCAAACUUGUUGUCAUUAGAAACACCAUGAUAAUCAUUCACGUGCUGUUUUUGUGCACUUUUGAUUCUUUCCUUACAAUGAAUUCCAAGAAGCAAAAUUUCUGAGUCAAAUGGAAUGAAAGCUUUUACUGCAUGUUUCUGUGUCACUGACCAGAAAGUAUGUGUCAGAACACACUCCCCCCAGCAGGAUAUAGGAGUCACCUUUCCUCAUCAUGCAAACACUGGGUGUUUUCGGGUUAUUUACUUCCUGGAGUAGAUACUGAGUGAUACUCACUCAGCUCUGUUUCAUCCCCUGCUGUGAACCCUCCACAAUAGAGAGCUAAUGACCUCAUUCCCCAGAGUCUCUCAUAGCACCAGUUCUGCAAAUGACCUGGAUUGUGCCAAGCAGACCUCCCGUCCCAGAACUGGAAGGUGCGGGACUUGGUUUUCAGCAGCAGCAGUAGACAGUCCCAAGAUCCAGUUCUUACCUUAUCGAGAUGCAUCAUUUUACUGGCAUAGGUGAUAUCCGAGGCAGUUCAGUCUCAGAGCCAACAAGUGGGAUAGUGGCUUCCUCAUACCCCAGUUUCUUGACCAUGGCAGUGGUCACUGCAUCGUUGGGGGCCCAGUUCUUCAGUGUCAUUUUUUUUUUGUGAGGCAGAUCAGCCCUGAGCUAACAUCCGUGCCAAGCCUCCUCUUUUUGCUGAGGAAGACUGGUCCUGGGCUAACAUCCGUGCCCAUCUUCCUCCACUUUGUGUGGGACACCGCCACAGCAUGGCUUGCCAAGUGGUGCGUUAGUGCGUGACCAGGAUCUGAACCCGGGCCGCCAGCAGCCGAGCGCGCGCACUCAACCACUGCGACCACGGGGCCAACUCCUUCAGUGUCAUUCUGAGGAGAGUGUCAUUCCUGGAACCUCAGCCUAGAACUUCCUCCUCCAAUCCUGGAACAAUUUUGUAGGCACCUAAUUCCCUGUGUUAAAACCCAUUCUGCUUAAGUUAGCUGGAGUGAUUUCUGUUACCUGCGGCCAAACCCUGGCUGAUAGAGGCGUCACACGCGCGUGCGUGCACAGACAUACAAUAUCUCCUUUAAAAAAUUAUUUUCCCAUUAGUGAGAUUGAACAUCUUUUCAAAUAUUUAUUGGCCACAUGUAAUUCUCUCUUUAGGAACUACCUCUUUUAGUCUUAGCAUUCCUUUUUAAAGACAGUUCUUUUCAAAAAUUUUUCCAUAAGAAGUCUCUUUACAUUGGGGAUACUAAUGGUGAGACUGUUUUGGGUUUUUCUCCCCCAGUAGAUCACUUGUCUCUUAACUUUGUUCAUGGUGUUUUUAAUGUCACACGUGGUCUGAUGGUAUCAUUCUUUUCUGUCCUACAAGUUGUCUUUCUAGCUGUCUUCUAGUGACAGGAAAUUCAGAGAAUGUCUCUGUUUCUCCGGGUGGGGGAUGUCCUUGCAGCCUCGAGUUCUGCUGGGAAGGAGAGCGGAUACCAACUGAUACGGAGGAGGGGCUCCUGCAACCCGGCUCUGAAAACCUCUCCCCUGCUUGUGCCAGGGACAGUGCUCAGGCAGGAGCCCAGUGAAGCUGGAGCAGGGGAGGCUGAACUGGUUGGGUUGUUGUUCCAAAGCUAAACGAAGCUGGGGGCUGGGGGACGGGCGGGGCUGUGGGCUGGCCACCUCGUCUCCUCGUCUUGCGUGAGAGGCAAAGCCUCAUUGCUCAGGCCGUUCAAGGAUAUCCCAAGCAGAGGCCCCUCCCGCCCUUGAUUCUGCCCCUUCUUUCGUUUCCUGCCCCUCCUUUCUUCCCCAACUUCACCCUGCAAUUCUCACUUUCCUCUCUCCUCCUUAUUCUUUCUUUCAUUCAAAACAUAUUUACUCAGUACUGAGUGCUGACCCAAGAGAAAAAGACAGACCAAUCUAUACUUUCAUGAGACUUAUUCUGCAAAGGGCAAGGGACAGAAACAAGUAAAUGUCAUAAGUGUAUUUUCUGAGUGCCUGCGUUUCUCCAAACUAAUACGGCAGGCACAUCAAGGUUAAUGAACUUGCCCAAGGUCACACUAGUUGUUAAUGAACAAUCCAGGCCACUGGUCAGAUAUCAUGCUGUUAACCCCCAGCCUGCGCUGCAUCCCUGAUUAUUACAGAUAUGGGCUUAGGGCUCUAAGCCAUUUGUCGGCAAAUGUAAAAUGUUUUGUACUGUAAAUUUGUACAUCCUGGGGGCACAGGGGAGAGAUGACCUCAUACAAAAUGAAGUUCGUAAGAUGUGCGGUCACAGUGUAGUGAAAAGGAGGACUAGGGAUUUCUCACAGAUCCAAGAAGGGGAUUUUGAGAGGGAAGGUAAUGCUCCUGGCAUUGGGGUAUGUUGGAAUUAGGUUAUCCUGAAGACCAGCCCACACUUGUUCCAUCCUUAGGUUAGCAACGCAAAAGUGAGGUCUAACUGGCACCAAGCCUGGGAUGAGAAUGACUCACCUGUGGGGUUAAUGUCACCCAGGGUGGGACUGUUUAGCUGGCUGGAGUCCUUAGCAGCCUCACCAAGCGCAGGACUUCAGACACUGCUCUGCGUUCUCAGGCAGUUACCUCCCAAGGUAGACAGGAGCCUGGGAAGUGGGGAAGUGGGGGGCAGGGCAUCCCUCUUUGCCUUCGUCCAGGCUGCUGUGAUCCGAGGUGAGUGUCUGCUGGGAAGGGACUUGAACCCACCUUUCCCCUGAGUCUUUGAGAGCUACCAGUGUGUCCCAACCCAGGUUACUCUUAAGCCCUAAGACUUAGGCUGGGUUGGGGGCGGUGGGCGGGGGACAGAGAUGGGAUAUUAGAGAUGAACAGAACCCUGGAGAGCAGAGAGCCAAGCAAAGUCACUAACGUUAAAAGCUGUGGUCGGGGCCGGGCUGGUGGCACAGCGGUUAAGUGUGUGCGCUCUGCUUCUGCGGCCCGGGGUUCGCAGGUUCGUAUCCCGGGCACGCACCAGCGCACCGCUCGUCAAGCCAUGCUGUGGCGGCGUCCCAUAUAAAGUAGUGGAAGAUGGACCAAUCUUCCUCAGCAAAAAAAAAAAAAAAAAAGAGGAGGUUCGGCAUCCGAUGUUAGCUCAGGGCUGAUCUUCCUCACAAAAAAUAAAUGAAUAAAUAAAAGCUGUGGUCUGCAGAUUUGGGGAGCGUGCUGGAAGUAGCCCACAGACUGCCAUAGGACAGAGGGCAGGGCUUGGGCCAACAGAGAGGUGCUCCGUCCCUACCCUGGUCCAUCACAGAUCAGGCAGGGCACUUCCAGUUUUCACACUCUGUUUCUGGGAAAGACAGUGGUGACCGUAGGCUCUGCACCUGGUGUUCCCACAUUGCCACCAAGAUGUCAGCUAAAGCCAUAGAGAAUGGAGAAGGAGUAGCUGCUGACCCCCUUCUGCAGAAUGGUGAGUGCCCUUGGGGACGCCCUGGAGGAGGAGGUGGCCCAGGGUUUGGGAUGUGUGGCCUGGGGCAGAGGGGCUCUGGGUUCUGGCCUGGAGCUGCCGCUAAGGGGCACUGUGUCUGAGCAAGUAUCUUUCCUCCUGGGCGUCAGCCUCCUCCUCUGUGAAGUGAGGGACCUGCCAGCUCUCGGUUGGUGGCGGGGUCUCUCUUUCUCUGUCUUCUCCUUGGGUUCACUUCCAAGCGUUCCCAUCACCCCUGAGCGCAGCUGCUACUGAGGUCCCCUCCCCACAUCAGAAUUCUUGGGAGCUUCAGGAAAUGGCAGAGGGUGCUGUGUGGGGCCUCUGGGCCUCAUGCUCUCCUCAGGGGCCUGGGGCCUCUGGUCCCACAGCUGCCCACCCCACUGUGGACUCCCCCUCUCCUUUUCCAGAGGAGGAUGAACCUUCCCAGUCAUCCAACGUGGUCGAGGCCGCAGCUGGUUCUACACCUGGGGGUCCACCGCAGGGGCCAGAUGCCCCAGGUGGUUCUACUCCUGGAGGGCCACCGCAGGGGCCGGAUGGACCAGCUGAUUCUACUCCUGGGGGACCACCGCAGGGGCCGGAUGCCCCAGGUGGUUCUACUCCUGGGGGACCACCACAGGGGCCGGAUGCCCCAGGUGGUUCUACUCCUGGGGGGCCACCACAGGGGCCGGAUGGACCAGCUGGUUCUACUCCUGGGGGGCCACCACAGGGGCCGGAUGGACCUGACUCUGACCCCACAGACGCACCGCAGGACAAAAGCAGGAAUUUCUUCUCCACUGCAGCCAGGGUUGCUGCUGGAGCCGUGAUCGGAGGAGUUGUGGCCGUGGCGGCUGUGCCCGUGGUGCUGGGCGCCAUGGGCUUCACCGGGGCAGGAAUCGCCGCUGGCUCCAUAGCGGCCAAGAUGAUGUCUGCAGCCGCCAUCGCCAACGGGGGCGGAGUUGCCGCAGGCAGCCUGGUGGCUACUCUGCAGUCAGUGGGGGCAGCUGGACUCUCCGCGUCAUCCAGUGUCCUCCUGGGCUUCGCUGGGUCAGCUUUUGGGGGCCUUGCUGGGAUGUUCACACAAGGCCGCCCAAAAGGUGGACCCAAGGCUGAAGGCGACCAGCCAGGAGAAAAUGCAUCCCAAGGGGAACCUCCGAAACCCCCACUCAGGUCAGAGAAGCCUGAGAAAUAAAGAUCAUGGCA